GGAGAUCGGUUAUAAAGGAAGGUCAGAUGAAUCCUGGAAUCUACUAAACCGGUUAAUUCCCUCACAGAAAGAAGACUUAAUUCCCUCACAGAAAGAAGACGGUGGACAGAUUUUCAACUGCUAUGGGGAUACUCAAAUUCUUCAUGGGGUACAGAUGCAUAACCAGGGCCUAAAAUUGACACCCACCACAUGCCAAAUGACAGGCAUUGGAGGGUAAAAUGUCUAUUUCACCAGCCACGUUUGCAGGUGAUCAGGGCUCCACAGUGCGAGCAUUUCACUCGCAUUAAUUUGUAACUCCCACUCUGGGUCAGACAUGUCUGUGAUAGUGAGAGAGGGGCGGGUCAAAGCCUGGAGGGUCACCAGUAGCAUCACCUACUACUGCACCAGCGAUACCCCUGCCCCCUCUCCUCCCACCUCCUCCUUAUCCUCCCAUCUAGACUCUCCUCUUCCCUCCCCCCCCUACUCCCUCUCCGCCCCCUUUAUCUCAGACAUGCCCUCUCACCCCACUGUUUCCUCAACUCUCACCCCUUCAUUUUCGGAUGUACCAACCCUCUCUCCAUCCUCCCCCCGUCCCCUCCUCCUGCUUUUCCCGUGGCUGGGCGCCCGACCGGGGGCCAUGGCGAAGUACCGGGACCUCUACCUGGAACGCGGCCUGGACAUCCUAUCUGUGGAGAGCACAGUGUGGCACUUCCUGUGGCCUCGCUGGGGGCUGGAGUAUGGGGCUGAGGUCCUGGAGGUCCUGGGAGACCCGCAUUUCAAAGGUCGCCCCCUUCUGGUCCACGCCUUCUCCAUCGGCGGGUACACCUUCACCCAGCUGCUCAGCCAGAUGGUCAGGGAGCCACACAAGUACCCAGGCCUGGCCCAACGGGUCGUAGGACAUGUCUAUGACAGCAUGGGGGUCGGAUCGCUGGAGCAUAUGGCUAAAGGCCUGGGUCUGACCCUGUUCCCUCAUAUUGAGCCCCUGGUGCGAUGCACUGCUCUGCUCUACUUCUGGCUCUUCAAGUCCCAGACGGUGUACUACUACGACAAGUCACUCCAGGUCUUCUACAACAACCCCGUCACCUCCCCGGCGCUCUUCUUCUUCUCUGAGAACGACGCGCUGUGCGACCCCGUCGCCAUGGAUGCGAUCAUCUAUAUCUGGAGGAAGCGGGGCAUUGCUGUGGAAACCGGGAAGUGGAAGGAGUCUGUGCACGCUGCUCAUCUACGCUGUCACCCGGAGGAGUACCUCUCCACGUUGGAAAAAUUUAUGAUCUCGCUCAACAUCGCCCCCCUCAGGGAGAAGAUGUAAAUGGCUCAUGUGCUAUUCACAGUGGUGGUGGUGGUGGU